CUCCCCACGAUCGCCUUCUUCGGCAGCACAGGCGGCUGCACCCUCCACUGCCUAGUUCUAGCCCUCCAGGCCGGGUAUAAGUGCAACGCAAUCGUGCGCACGCCCGAAAAACUUACCACCCUGCUCGCCCCAUACAACCUCCCGGCCCCCGCCCUCAAAAACCUGCACAUCAUCGAGGGCAGCGCCACCGACGCCGCGGCCGUGCGCACCACCCUCCUCGCCCCCGACCAAAUCCCGGGCACCUUCUCCCCCCGAACAGUCGACCUGAUCAUCAGCGGGAUCGGCAGCAAGCCCAAUUUUGCGAACCUGCUGCACCCGACCCUCGAGAACCCGACCGUCUGCCAGGACGGGAUGCGCACGUUACUGGCGACCCUGCACGCUCUCCAGGCCGACGAGCACGCGCAGGGGAAACCCAAGCUGGCCGUCAUCAGCACGACGGGCGUGGACUCGAAGCGCGACGUGCCGGUCAUGAUGCUGCCGCUGUACCACUGGAUGCUGAAGGUGCCGCACGCGGACAAGAAGGCGAUGGAGGCGAUGAUCCGGGCGGAUGCGGCGGAGGGGGAGCAGAGGGCGCUGGCGAGCUAUCUGAUCGUGCGGCCGAGUUUCUUGGUCGAGGGUAAGGAUAAGAAGGUCCGGGUCGGGACGGAGGAGGAGCCUGCCGUGGGGUAUGGCAUCAGUCGCACGGAGGUCGGGCGGUGGAUCUUUGAGAACGCCGUG